GGAGGCCUGCACGAUCCCAGGGUGCUGUGCGCGGCGUGGGCUCCGCCAUCCCGCUGGGAGAGACGGUCUGUGCCGGGGCCCUGCCAGCGAGACGCCGCACGGAGCGAGCGAGGGAGAGGGCAGAGCGCGAGCCCCGCCGCCGCCAAACGGACAUGUCCGCGCGGAGCCCCUGAGCGGGACCGAGCCGCCCCUGCUCCCCUCCCCCUCCCCUGCUUCCCUCCCCCGCGCGGACGCCCGCAUCAGCCGCCGCCAACAUGGAGGCCGUGAACGCCUUCAACCAGGAGCUCUUUUCACUCAUGGAGAUGAAACCUCCUAUUUCCCGAGCAAAAAUGAUUCUCAUCACAAAAGCUGCCAUUAAAGCUAUUAAGCUCUACAAGCAUGUUGUCCAGAUUGUAGAGAAGUUUAUCAAAAAGUGCAAACCAGAAUAUAAAGUCCCUGGAUUGUAUGUCAUUGACUCUAUUGUUCGUCAGUCUCGUCACCAGUUUGGAACGGACAAGGAUGUUUUUGGGCCAAGAUUCUCUAAAAAUAUUACCGCAACAUUCCAGUAUUUGUAUCUCUGUCCAUCUGAAGACAAGAGUAAAAUAGUUCGUGUCCUGAACCUUUGGCAGAAAAAUGGAGUGUUCAAAAUUGAGAUCAUUCAGCCUCUCCUGGAUAUGGCAGCGGGAACUAGUACUGCUGCCCCAAUGACAGAAAAUGCUACUAAUAAUGAAGGUUCGCCGCCCCCUCCAGCAAAGGUUCCUUCAGAGCCUGCUCAAGUCACUGUUAACUCAGUACCUACUGUGCCACAGUUGCCCAGUUCUGAUGCCUUUGCAGCUGUAGCUCAGUUGUUUCAAACAACACAAGGACAACAGCUUCAGCAGAUUCUUCAGACUUUUCAGCAGCCUCCAAAACCCCAGUCACCGGUCAUAGAUAACACUGUGAUGGCUCAGGUUCAAGCUAUUACUGCUCAGUUGAAGACUACAGCAGCACAACCACCAGAACAAAAAGCUGUUUUUGCACCACCUGAGCAAAAAACAUCGUUUGACAAGAAGCUGCUAGAUCGGUUUGACUAUGAUGAUGAACCAGAAGCAGUGGAAGAUUCAAAGAAAGAAGACUCAGCUCCUUCUCCUUCAAUUUCUCAGCCAGCUUUGACCCCUCUCUCAUUCAGUGCACAGGCUGGAUGGUGCUCAAUACCUGGUGGAUUUCCAGGAGAAGGUAUGCAACAGCCAGUAUUUCCACAACUCCCAAAUAUGGAUGCUUUUCAGCAACGAAUGAUGGGACUACAACAGGAUCCAAUGCGCCACCAGGUUCCACUUCCUCCUAAUGGGCAAAUGCCAGGUUUUGGUCUCCUGCCUACUCCGCAGUUUCCACCCAUGGCUCAGCCUGUGAUUCCGCCAACACCACCUGUGCAGCAAACUUUCCAGUCUCCUUUCCCAGUACAGAGUGAAACACACAUGCAGAAAACACAUCAGCAGGAUAUGGAAGUGGAACAGCCCCCUAUUCAAGAAGGAAAAAGACAUGUUUCUGACAACAGAAAGUCAAGAUCUAGAUCUGCAUCAAGGUCACCUAAAAGGAGGCGUUCAAGAUCUGGCUCCAGAUCUCGAAGAUCACGUCAUCGUCGAUCUCGCUCUCGAUCCAGGGAUAGACGCCGACACUCUCCUAAGUCUCGCUCACAAGAAAGACGUGAACGUGAGAGAGAGAGAGAACGCAGGUCAAAAGGCCUUCCUCAGAUAAAGUCAGAAACUGUUAGUGUCUGUAGUACUACGCUUUGGGUAGGACAACUUGACAAAAGGACUACUCAACAGGAUGUUGGAAGUCUUUUGGAGGAGUUUGGCCCAAUUGAAUCAAUAAAUAUGAUACCGCCUAGAGGAUGUGCCUAUAUUGUAAUGGUUCACAGACAAGAUGCUUAUCGUGCCCUACAAAAAUUGAGCCGAGGCAACUUCAAAGUCAAUCAGAAAUCUAUAAAGAUUGCAUGGGCUUUGAAUAAAGGAAUAAAGCCAGAUUACAAGCAGUAUUGGGAUGUAGAACUGGGUGUUACCUACAUACCAUGGGACAAAGUGAAACCUGAAGAUCUUGAAAGUUUUUGUGAAGGAGGAAUGUUGGACAACGAAACUCUUAGUCCAGAGUGGAAGGGGAUUCCCAAGAAGUCUGAAAAUGAAGUAGCUCAAAAUGGAGGUGCAGAAGCUACAAAUAAUGAACCAGUGUCACCUAUACCUAAAGCUUUACCUGUUCCAAUUCCUGUUCCCAUGCCUGCACCAAUAACUGUACCUCCUCCACAGGUUCCACCACAUCCCUCAGGUCCUCCUGUGGUUGGUGCACUCCAACCACCUGCUUUUACAGCACCUUUAGGAAUCCCACCUCCUGGAUUUGCUCCUGGGGUGCCGCCACCACCGCCACCUCCAUUUUUACGACCAGGGUUCAACCCAAUGCAUUUACCCCCAGGCUUUCUUCCUCCUGGACCACCACCACCUAUAACUCCUCCAGUAUCUGUUCCUCACACUCCAGCAGUAAACAUCCCAAAUUCUACAGCAGCUGGUAUAAAUGAAGACACUACAAAAGAUGCAUCCGUUGGAAAUCCCAUCCCUACAGUGGUUUCUGGAUCCAGAGGGAAUGCUGAAACUAGUGAUAGUUCCAAAAUAUAUGCGACUGUUCCACCUCCUGUAGCACCUACUAAUGUACCUGCUCCUGUUACCCAAGCUAUUCCACUUCUUGGUACUCAAGCAGUUGCGCCACCCCCGCCAGCUCCUGUUGUUGGGCUGCAGACUCCGUCCACUGGCCUCUUAGGUGCCCGGCCUGGUUUGAUACCCCUCCAGCGACCGCCAGGAAUGCCGCCGCCUCCUCUGCAGCGGUUUCCCUUGAUGCCGCCGCGACACAUGCCGCCCCACAUGAUGCACAGAGGCCCCCCGCCUGGGCCAGGCGGCUUUGGGAUGCCUCCUCCUCAUGGCAUGAAAACCCCGUUCCCCCCACCCGGUCAUUUUGUGAGACCUGGGGGGAUGCCAGGAAGUGGAGGACCGGGCGGACCUGAGGAUAAUAGGGAUGGAAGGCAGUUCAGGAAUGAUAGGCAGACUUUCACUCCUAACAGAGACCAGGAGAGGUUUGGAAGGAGAUCUUUUGGAAAUCGGGUAGAAAAUGAUCGCGAGCGCUAUGGUAACCGCAGCGACGACAGAGAUCAUGAGCGACUUGGUAAUCGUGAGAGGAGAGAAUGGGGAAGAAGAAGUCCUGAGCGUGACAGACACAGAGACUUGGAGGACAGAAAUAGGCGGUCCAGCGGACAUCGAGACAGAGAGAGAGAUUCUAGAGAUAGAGAGUCUCGUAGAGACAAGGAAGAAAACCGAGGAAAGGAGAAACCUGAGAUGACAGACAGGGCGGAUGGCGACAAAAACCAUGAAUCUCAUAGUGGCAAAAUGGAAGAUGCAGACAUUGUUUCAGAACUUACUAAAGGAGAGUCUGAACCUAUGGGUGUAAAACCUGAUGAAGAGUUAACAUCUGAGGCUACCUCAUCUGUGGAACAAGCUGAAAAGGAUAUUGGCUCAGUUGCAGAGGCUCCUCGUUAGAGACUGGAAUUUGUCAAAACCUGACAGUGACAUUUGUUGGAGUGUAGAGCUUUAGAGUUGUACAGUCUGCUGUAUUAUACUUGCUUCUGCUUAUAUCACAGCCCCUCAGUAGUUGGUGGGGAAUUGUAAGCAAUUUGAUUGCUUUCCUUCUAUUUAAAAUAGCCACAACAUAACACAAAAUACUGAAGCUAUGAUUAAAAUAUUACCCAUUUUUGCUGUAACUUUUUUAAAGUUUUGACUUUAAAAAGUUUACAAAUCAGAAGUAGAAGUGCUUUCUAUUUUUUUUUUUAAUUUAAGAAAAGGUAACGGUGAAAGCUCCUCAAAACAAUAGGGAUGUGUUUUUAAUAAACUCUAUUUUCGUAACAAACUUUAAUGUGUGCUAUUCUUCCUACACUGCACUGAAGUGGAAAAGGAUUGUUCAACAUCUUAAAGUUUGAACUGUUAAUGCUGUACUGGAGUCUAAAUUAGACUGUUUUGUUUAUAUUUGUUAAAAGAAAUACAUCUGUUUGUGUAGCUAUUCACAGAAGCAAAUUUUUAUUUGUAAUAGUCGAUUUGAUUUUUAGAUUGCUGCAUUUUAAUGAUCUACUUGACCAUACUAGGUAAAAGUUAGUGGUUUUAAAAUGUUAAUUGAAGAGGUAACUGUUUAGUGUUUGCGAUGCAAUCAAGGUUUUUUUCUUUCUUUUUAUUUCCCCUCCAAUUGGUUCUGUGGUAAAUGUUGCCCUAAUUAGCCUUUUUUAAAAAGUGGACACUUUCAGACAUACUUAGUCUGCUCUGCUUGUAAUGUUAUAAAAUUAUUGUGUGUGGUGGGCUAGGAAGCACACCAGGUCAGCAUCUUUUGUACUUGUUAUUCAUUGAUGCUUUUUGGAAAGUGGGCUGGAAGAGAAAUCAAAGACACCAAAUCACAAUAUAAAAUGCUAACCUAUUUUUUUUAAAUGGGGCUGGGAAAAGGUAGGGAAGUGGGACGGUGCUUAAGGAUUUUAAAAUGCUGCCUGUUCAUUCACACAAAUCUAGGCGGUUACUGUUGUCUGUGUUAACGAUAUCUACCUCCUGUAAUCCAGCAAGAGGUAGGUUUAAAAUUUUUACUCAGUGUUGUACCUAUCAAACUGAUGGAAAACAAAUGCAUAUUCUUGUAUUUGUGUAAGUUUUACCAGCUCUCCAUAUCACUUAAAUAUUUUUGUCAAAUUAUAAGAGGGCAAAUACUAGUUCUAGUAGUUGACCCUUCAGGUGCAAACAGUUUUAAGAGACUGUUACAUUAAAUUAAGCAGAGUCACAGAGCCCUUGAAAUUCUGUGUUUAGAUAUAUUCUCUUAUUGAUUAGCCCAUGCACCAGAAGAUGAGGCUCAGAUUGCACCAGACAUCCAGUUGAAGCUUGUUAUACUCUAGAAGUGUAGUGGAAAAAUUGUAUGAAUCCUGUGCAUAUUUUUUUUUCUCCUUGAGAUAGGUGUGUUCUACAUUUAAAGUUGGUUUUUUUCCCCUAAGUGAAGGGCAGCUGCUUUCUUACAUCAGUACUUUUUCACAGCUGCUCUGCAGCAGAGGGUUUUUUUUUCUGGGGGAGGGAGUGGGUUGGGAAGGCAAAUAUGGAGUUACUCAUGGGGGAGAGGACAUAUAUUUUUAUGUUCUUGCAAUAGCAGAAUAAAGAGAGAAAAAAAACCUGUUUACAUACUUGUAGUGAACUCAACUUCCAUGUGUUAAAACUUGUGUCCUUAACAUUUGUUUCAUGCUCGGCCAGUGGAACUAACUUUUUUCAUACAAAACCAGAUGUUUAUGUCUUACGUUUAAGACUGUUUUAAUAACAACUGCCCUAAUUCUGUAAGGAGAUAGGAUUUUUUUAAUGAAUACACUUUAUUAAAAGCUUUGAAGACACGAA